UCCAUUAUCGUUAUUAUCAUCUUUUUGGCCUAAAAACCAAAUAAAAAUAUAUUUGAAAGAAACAAGCUAUAUUUUUAGUUUGAUUGAGGUCCUUGAGCAUGGGGAACAAAAGAAAGAAAAAAUCGUUCGGAAGAAGAAGGCGUGAAGUAAAUGUACAACAAAAUCGAAUUGAAGUGGAAGAAAAUGCUGACACUGUGCCACAAAAAACAAUCGUCGACAUCAACAAUGAUUGUCUGGAACGCGUGUUCGAGCAUUUGGAUUUUCGUGACUUAAUUCACGUGGCUGAAGCGAACAAGCAUCUUGGUGUAGCAGCCGAAGCGGUUUUUGUUCGGAAACUCAAGAGGAGGCUGAUAGCGGUUAAAAUUGGCAGGUUAUUUAAGUAUAAGUAUCCUGAUAUAAGCAUUCACGACGAUGCAAUUUGUAUUCGUAGGUCGCUGUUAGCUUUCAGAGCCAUACGUCUUUUCGGUCAAAGUGUCUCGGCAAUACAUUUGAAAAUCAAAAGAAAAUUUCUUCGCGAAAAAUUCUUUGUCCAUGUCAACGAAUAUUGUCGCAAGACGCUGAACACUUUCCGCAUUUUCGGAAAUGAUUCAAACAUAUUUGGUGCCGCAAAACAUCGAUUUGAAAAUUUUGAAGAAUUCUCGUCGAGUGAGGGCAAACUAGGCCCUGGAUGUGAACAUUUCAAACGCCUUUUUCCACGUUUACGUCAACUAACAUUCAUCGACAAUGAUAUUGUUGAACCGAAAUAUAUUCACAAAACUUUUCCGCACUUGGCCUUCACCUUUGAAUACUCUUUUAAUUUGGAACCUCCAAAACUAUUGAAAUUGAAUAUGAGUGGUAUUGAUUUCCAAAGAAUUGCAUCAUUGAAUCCACAUAUUCAAAGUAUUGCAUUAAACGGAUAUCUAAAUCCAAGCAUUUGGGAAGUUUUAAACACGGAACUGAAGAAUUUGAAAAGUAUUUCAAUUUGUUAUUCGCCAAAGCAUGUUGUAUGCUAUAAUUCACUCAUUCGGUUCAAUAAUGUUGAAAUAUUCGAUGUGCUCUGUAAACUUGAUUACAGUAAAGUUACUCCAAAAAAUGUGUUCUCUUUCAAGCGUCUAAAGAAUAUGAAAGUACGGUGCUAUAAAAAUCAACUCGAAGGGUGGUUAGAUUUUAUUUUAGCACAUCCCACAAUUGAAGUGCUUGUGAUAGAUUUGACAUGGAUGGAUGAAUAUCAAACAUGCUUAGAAAACCUACACCACAAACUAAAUAGAGUGAGACAAAAUACGCAAUUUAUCACGUUGCAGAUGGACUACUUCGAAUACUUUGGGGAGGAAGGGGAUAAGUCUGAUAUGUUGGGAUUAAAGAAAUAUUUAGAGGCUCAAAAGUGGUUUGAUAGGUUUUCUGUAGUAUUUAGUGGUCAUGAAUUUGCAGAAGUUGAUGAUUUGAUGGAAAAUACUCCUCGAAUUAAAAAUUAUGAAAUCAAAAAAUAUAACUUAAUUGAAAAACCUUAUGUUGAUUUUGAUAAGCGCGAAUAAUAAAUACAAAUUUUGAAUUGUGUUCAAAGCUUUGAGUUCAAAUGAUGAAAAAAAAAGAUUAUCGUAAACCAUCCAAAUUGUAACAUAGUUCCAAUUGUAACAUAGUCUUAAAGUAAACCACUUUUCUGAAAAAAUACAAAUAAUUCAUAAUUUAUAUUCAUAUCGGAAGUUUUUUUCGUGAUCUUCUCAAAUAUGAUAUAAAAAACAACAGUUACCCUUCAAAGUUUUGCAGAAAAUUAGUCUAUUUGUUCAAUUGUUACAAUUUGGAUGGUUUACGAUAUAAUUAGCCAAGAAUGUAAAAUAACAAAAAACCACAAGAACUCUUUUCAAGAAUCACUCUAUCUAUU